CAAAAACUUUUCACCUCUUCCAAUCUUUUCUCUUCUAAACUCCAACUCUCUCUCUCUCUCUCUCUCUCUCUCUCUCUGAUUGUUCCUUUGCCUUAUCAUCUUAUCUCGAUUCCGUCUAGGAUGAGCUCGGAGGAAGCCAAAGUCGUUGUGCCAAGGAACUUUAGAUUGUUGGAAGAGCUAGAGAGAGGUGAGAAAGGUAUCGGAGAUGGUACGGUGAGCUAUGGAAUGGACGACGCUGAUGAUAUCUAUAUGCAAUCCUGGACUGGCACCAUUCUCGGCCCUCAUAAUACUGCAUACGAAGGGAAGAUCUUCCAGCUGAAGUUGUUCUGUGGUAAGGAGUACCCAGAAAGUCCACCAAGUGUGAAGUUCCAGACCAGGAUAAACAUGGCCUGCGUUAACCCUGACACUGGAGUGGUUGAACCGAGUCUCUUCCCUAUGCUCACUAACUGGCGGCGAGAAUACACAAUGGAGGACAUUCUGGUUAAACUGAAAAAAGAAAUGAUGACUUCUCAUAACCGGAAGUUAGCUCAGCCCCCGGAAGGUACCGAGGAAGCUAGGGCAGAUCCAAAGGGACCAGCUAAAUGCUGUGUGAUGUGAAGAGAGAGGUUGAGGCUGUCAACAAUUUGUAUUAAUAUAAAGGACAAUGUAUAUAAAACCUCAUUUGAAGCUUUUGGAAAUUGCCUGCAACUUAUUGUUAUAGUGUUGUUUGAGAUUAUAUAUAUAUAUGUCCACCAAAAACAGGUGAUAAUGAUCCUAAUAUACUUACUCUCUUCUUCUUAA